GCUAUUAGGUGAAUUGUAGAAAAUAUUGAAAUUUUGAGUUAAUUACAUUUGGAUUAACUUAUUAUUGAUUGCCCAGGUUUUGGAUCUCUCGCCUCUGACGCUGCUGACUGUUGCCAGAGUCCAGAGAGUCAGAGAGAGAUUGAGAGGGCUAUGGCGUUGAGAUCCUCCGGUAGAAAACUAUCCUUUGAGAUCUUAACGAAGAGCAAUUCUCUGGAAGAAGACCAAUUACUUCUCCUCAGCCAAUCAAGCCCCGAUACCGCGAGAUCGAGCCCGACGAACAACAUUCCCAAGAAGAAGCGUAGGAGGAACAAGCACAAGAAGUCGAGCCCUCAUGCCGAUUCCUACUCCACAAUCGCCGAAGAUCCAUCGGCGGCGGGAAGCAGCCUCGCGGGUUCAAAUUCAAAUUCCAAUUCCGUGAUCGAGUCGCCGAUAUCUGCAACGGGGGAGUUGCAAAAUGGAAGCGUGUUCAUGGAGGAUAGGUUUAGCAGCCGUUACGGUGGAGGAGGCAGCGUGGUGUGUACUACACCAACAAUCACUGUCGUCGAGUGUGUGUGCGAUAACUCUACAAACAACGGCGGCAACAGCUAUGUCGAGUUGAGGCAGCGGAAUGUUGUAAGCGUAGGAGGAGAAGGAGAGGGAAGGAAUGAUGAGGAUUUGCCUUCUGUUUUGAGGGUGAUUGGAGAGACUACCGUGGAGCGCGAGUUGGAGGUCGUUUCUGAUGAUAAACCGCGAAAUGAGCCGCCGCCGAUGCCCAAUGGCGGUUGCUUGCCGAGGUUGGAGACUGCAGAGUCAUUGGAUUGGAAGCGACUCAUGGCCGAGGAUCCUACUUAUCUCUUUUCAGUGGAGAAGUCACCAUUGAAUUACUUCAUGGAUGAAAUAGACGAAGGCAACUCAUUACGGCGAACAACAACUCUUGGCAGUGAGAAAGAAAGGGAGAGGGUAUACGACACUCUAUUCCGCUUACCAUGGCGAUGUGAGCUGCUUAUUGAUGUUGGCUUCUUCGUGUGUUUGGAUUCCUUCCUGUCACUGUUGACUGUCAUGCCAACAAGGGUUCUGAUGACUCUUUGGAGGCUUCUCAAGAGAAGGCAGUUCCAGAAGCUCUCUGCUGCGGACUGGUCAGAUUUUGGCUGCUUUAUUGUGUUGGCCUCUGGAGUCCUUCUUUUAGACCGAACAGAUAUCAGCUUAAUAUAUCACAUGAUUCGUGGUCAAGGAACGAUCAAACUAUAUGUGGUUUACAAUGUUUUGGAGAUAUUUGAUAAAUUAUGCCAAAGUUUCGGAGGAGAUGUAUUUCAGACAUUGUUCAAUUCUGCUGAGGGGCUUGCUAGCUGCCCACCAGAAACCAAAAGAUUCUGGAUUUGGAGAUUUCUUGCAGAUCAAGUCUUGGCAAUGGCAUUUUCCAAUAUCCUUUAUUGAUGCCUCUGUGUUUUCAUCCACAGUUUCGUUUUUUUAUGAAUAGUUCAUUUGUUACAUUGUUUCCUUGACUAUUUUAUACUUCUCCAUUCUUUCCUUCUAUUAGCUCAGGCAAUUACUUUAUCCACAUGCAUUGUUGCUCACAAUAAUGCAUUAUUGGCUUUGCUGGUAUCAAAUAAUUUUUCGGAGAUAAAAAGCAAUGUCUUUAAGCGUUUCAGCAAAGAGAACAUUCACAAUAUUGUAUACGCUGAUUCAGUGGAGAGAUUCCAUAUUACAGCAUUUCUACUGUUUGUUUUGGCUCAAAACAUCCUAGAAGCCGAGGGUCCAUGGUUUGAGAGUUUUGUUUAUAAUGCACUCUUGGUUUUUGUAUGUGAAAUGUUAAUCGACAUCAUAAAGCAUUCAUUCCUUGCAAAGUUCAAUGACAUAAAACCUAUCGCCUAUUCUGAAUUCUUAGAAGAGCUGUGCAAUCAGACUCUAAAUAUUCAAUCUGGGGACAAAAAGAAGAUUCUCACUUUUAUACCGCUGGCACCAGCAUGCGUAGUCAUCCGAGUGCUCACUCCAGUAUAUGCAGCUCACCUACCGUACAGCCCACUCCCUUGGAGACUCUUCUGGGUAUUCCUGUUGACUUCCAUAACCUUUGUCAUGCUCACAAGCCUGAAGAUAAUGAUCGGUAUGGGACUGCAAAAGCAUGCCUCUUGGUAUGUAAACAGGUGCCGCAGAAGGAAACACCAUCUUCACUCCGAGUAAUCCUGGCAUGGAAUAAGUAGAGAAAACGAAAUGGGUGAGAUAUCAAACUCCAUUCCUUCCAGCUCCACUGCUGUCAUGAGUUAUAACGGGAGUCGCCUCAAGUUUUGCCAGAACAAUCUUUCUUCUCCAUUAUAGCCAGCUCGCUGACUCAUCGCUGUCUUAUGAUCGGAGAGAAGUUAUCCCGUCACUCGAGCUUGCCUGUAUGGUAAAAUUUUGUUUCAAUCUCGUGCUUUCAUUUUCGACUCGAGAGAGCACGAAAUCUUACAAUGUAAUCAUAAUGAAGCCUCCUGCAUUCUCAAGAACCUCAAGGGCAGCUAGCUUCCUCUGUUUUUUGUGUUUAAUAGUUGGGACUUGGGAGUGUAUGAGCUACAUUGAUAGAAUGAGCAUAUGCAUAGAAAUAGUUCAGCCCUAAAGUGUACAAAUUUAGUUUCCACCUUUACGUGUGUUUGGGGUUGGAUGGUGCUAUAGCUUCUGCAACUCCUUUUAUUUUACGAUUACUUGGGGGUUG